UCAGAGUAAACAAAUUUUAUCUAUUUAAACUAAAUAUUAUAAAAGAGUUACCUAAUGGCGUUAUCGCGACUAGUUUAGCAAUAUUGGCCUUAAAGACACGAACCAAACUUUGGAUCCAGAAAGACACGUGUGGACGUCAGUAUCGUGGUACUGUCGCUUUAAGACAGUGCGGAACUAAGUGGAGAGUUGAUGUAAUACCCGGUGGAAGGUCAGGAUCUCUGGUGCAUUUCAACACUACAUUUAUUAGCAAUCGAUAGAUUAGAGUCGCUUAAAAGGUGCCAGGAAGGUUAAACGGCGCGACCGUGACUCCAGCACCACAGACGCGCAUGACCGCCGGAGGCGACGCCGCCGCUCUCAGUGGGACACGAGACGCACAGUCACGGCGCGUGCGGAGCCGGCGAUCGGAGCCACCGGGGGAGUCAUAGCGGAGAAGACGCCGUGAUGUCUGCGUCCAAGUGCUCGCGCCUGAGCGGGGCGCUCAUCGAGCAGCUGCUGGACUCCGUGGACAGCGUGCUGUUCGACUGCGACGGGGUGAUCUGGCGCGGCGACCAGGCGAUCCCCGGCGCCGCGCAGGUCAUCAACCGGCUCAAGGAGAAGGGCAAGCGCGUCUUCUUCGUCACCAACAACAGCAGCAAGACGCGGCGGAUGUACGCGGAGAAGAUGUCGGGCAUGGGCUUCAACGUGAGCGAAGAGGAGGUGUUCGGGACCGCGUACUGCUCCGCCGUGUACCUGAAGACGGUGUGUCACGUGGAGGGGAAGGUCUACCUGAUCGGCAGCGACGCGAUGAGGCAGGAGCUGGAGGCCAUGGGCAUCCCGCACACCGGGGUGGGGGCCGAUCACAUCGUCGGCAGGCAGGCCGACUGGGCCAACGUGCCUCUGGACCCCGAGGUGAAGGCGGUGGUGGUGGGUUUCGAUGAGCACUUCAGUUACAUGAAGAUGAAUAGAGCCUUCCAGUACCUGAGCCAACGGGACUGUCUGUUUGUGGGAACCAACAGGGACACCAAGCUGCCCCUGGAGGGGGGCAAGGCAGUCCCAGGCACCGGCUGCCUCCUGCAGGCCGUGGAGACGGCCGCCCAGCGCCGGGCCCAGACGGUGGGGAAGCCCCACCGCUUCAUGUUCGACUGCGUGGCCUCCAAGUUCGGCGUGGAGCGCGGCCGCUGCCUGAUGGUCGGCGACCGCCUGGACACGGACAUCCUGCUCGGCUCCAACUGCGGCCUGAAGACCCUGCUCACGCUGACGGGGGUCAGCUCCGUGGCGGACGCCGAGGCCCAUCAGAGGAGCGGCUGCCCGGAGCGCCAGGGGAUGGUGCCGGAUUACUACGUGGACAGCAUCGCGGACCUCCUUCCGGCGCUGCAGGGAUGAGACGUCCGGACCGAAAACCCGAGGAGUCUGGCCACACUCUCACAUGUCGUCUAUGGCCUCUAAAAGGGAAUAUAUUUUGUUACAUUUAACGACCGAGAUUCCAAAAUCAAGACUUGUGAUUUGUUAAACCACAUGAAAACCAUGAUAUAAGUAAUUAGUUAUAGAUCAAAUAUGAACAAUGAUUUCCAGUAUUGUUUGAAUCUAAUUUAAGCGUUUACAAGUAAACAGUGUUUGCUUUUAGAGGAAGAGGUGCACUGUUCUUUGAAAGAACUCUUGCUCAGUCUGUGACACAAUCUCCCAAACUCAAGUCAAAAAAAAGGGAAGAGAAAUAAGUGUCUAGAGUUUCACAAGACGUGUGUUCAGGUUUAAAGCACUAGACAUAGAAUCAGGGAAUGAGGGGAGAAGGCACUGAACUGCUUUUGCUGUUGCUCUGUGUGUUUUAAGUAGAGAGUGAAUGUUGUCACAGCCCAAUGGCGAAUAAGUGCAAGUCAUCCACACAAUAGAUUUUUCUUUCUUUCUAAAUGUCCCCAUAAACAAUGGAUAUAAUGCUCAGAUGUGUAAUAAAACAAACUAUCUUAACGAAA